CGACCCACGGUGACGUCAGCAGCACGUAAAUGCCCCGGCUCGCCGCUGCCUCGCUCUUUUACCUCCCCCGUUCAGUUAGGGCGACAGGCCUCGGAUCCGUCCCCGGAAAGAAGAACACCGAAGCGGCCAAAAUGAUCAUCUACCAGUGCAUCGUCACCGGGGAUGAGAUGUUCUCCGACAUCUACAAAAUCACCGAGUCUAAGGACGGCAUCUUCUACGAAGUUGAAGGAAAGCACGUCCCCACCCAGGACAUGAGGGGUUCGACGAGUCCUGCAUUUCGGCCAAACGGGCCUCUUGCUGAAGACGGCGCAUUAAGGGCUCACCUGGGGAGAAGCAACAACCAGAGAGAGUGGAGAAGUUCCAUGCUGACGCUACACCCAGCAUUUGAAGCUGGGUCCUCCCCGCAAGACUUCAAGAACCUUCAGUUUUUCUUAGGGGAGAGCAUGAACCCAGACGGCAUGGUGGGACUGUUGAACUACCGCGAAGAUGGCGUCACACCAUACAUGCUUUUCUUCAAAGACGGUCUGCUGGCUGAGAAAUGUUAACUAUCUGGAAAUACAUCUGCUUUUCAAUUGGCUGCUGCUUCUCGAAUGGCCCCAAGAGCAGACUGAAGGAGCACUAUUUUGCAUCAUGCCUGAAAGGAAACAUUCUUCUACAGUUUCUUGUAUAUUCACAUUAUGGCCCACAGCACCAACUCCCAAAGCCCAAAGCUGGGUGAAUCAAACAUGAUUGGUCACUGAAAACCGUUUUUAAACCUUCUUUUUGGCUUUUGCAGUGUUUGACUUUUGGCUCGGUUGUUGGGAUUGAAAACUAGUCAGGACUGUGACCGGUGCCACAAACAGAUGUUUUUUUUCUUCUUGUGUCUACCGUUUUAACAAUGAUCCAUACAAGUUGACCUCUGACCUCUUUGUUUAUGGUUGAGUAUGAUUCCAUCUACAAUGACAAGACCUCCGGUUUAAUUUCAAAAUAAAGUCUAGUACCACCAC